AUGUCGUUUACGCAAUGGGUCGAUCUCGGAAGGCGUAUUGUCGAUUUCGGAUUCAUCUCCACAGCCAUUUCUGCACUCUUCUUCAUCCUUCUCACUGUGUAUUUCGUGAAGGAGAAGGUCGGCAGCUACCGUUACCUCCUCUUGCUUCUCCCGAUCACCGGAUUCUUCUUCGUCUCUUUCGAAUUUCUACUAGAUCCAGUAAGUAUCAGAAUCCCAUCUUGAGGAUUCGAUUUCUUGCAGUUCUUCCACUCCUACAACACGGGAAUCACCCUGCUGAGCAUGUCGACCUCCCAUUCUGUGUCCAUUGAGCUCAUGACCGCUCUGCUCGGCGUAUACACGUGUCUCUACGCAAUGACCAUUUCAACUCUGGCUCUCCAGUUCAUCUAUCGCUAUUGGGCAGUUUUCCGACCGAGAUAUAUCAAAACGUUUUUCAAUGGUGCUCGGUUUUCGUUUUCAAUUGUUUAUCUCCUCGUUUUCGGUGUUUUCUACGGAGGAUCCAUUUACACGUUCACUAGAAUGGACGAAUACGCGACAAUGUACUUGAAAGACGAUGUGUUCGAAAAGUACGGAGUAUUUCUGUCCGAGCAACCGUGCCUGACCACUGUCGCUUUCGAUGAGAACGGUUCACUUCGCAGGUCCAACUUUCUGGCAAUGUUCGCAAUCACUCUCACCAUGGUAUUGUCAUCUUUCGAGUCUUUAAUCUAUCCUUAUUCAGGUGUUACAAUAUGGUAUAAUCAUCUACUGUGCAGUUGUGAUGGCCGUCAAAAUGCAAAGUAGACUGUCGAUGCUCUCAGCGAAAAUCCAACGAAUGCACAAACAAUUCUACCACGCACUUCUUCUUCAGGUUCGUCAAUUCUAG